AUCGGUUAAUCACUCCUAAAUCCACCUAUUUUAUUAUAUCAUCACUUGACAAAUUCAGUCAUCCGACGAGAUGAAGGCUACCACUAUCUGCUCCUUCCUCCUGGCCGCCGGUACUGCUCUGGCUAUGCCUGCCAAGCGAGCCGAGAAAGCCAUUACUAUCAGCGGCCUUUUUGCCUCUCAGAUUGAUCAGCAGGGGUACAUUACCUUCAAACUGAACGACCCUAACUACAACGAUGUGACUGGCGCCAAUGUGAUCUGGGAUCGUCCCGGAAGCCCCGUUGAAGGCGCUCGUACCAGCGACGCCGCCUACUAUGUCCAAUUCCCAGGCGGCGUGAACGAUAUCUCCGUCUUCACCUUGCAGCUCCAACGGGUCAACGGGACUGAGAAAGUCUCGUUCACCCUCAAUGACAAUGGAAGUGGCCAUGCCCCGGGUACCAAGUGGCUGUGCAACACAGAGACAAAAACACAGACGGUUAAGCAGUGCCACUACGAUGGCGACAUCACUUUAUAAGCUUGUUCCUUUGAGUGUAUUGUCUUCUGUUUGAGAUCGGGACUCAGACAGAUACUUGAAUUAGGACGGGCGAAGUUCAACUUUAUCGAGCCAUUCAUUUUGUGUGUUUUCUAUGAUAUUGCAUGAACGUCAGCAUGUUGGUUGGUACUUAGUGUACUAGAGCAUUCCUUGAUUUCUUCGUAUACUG